AUGCCACUCGGAAAGAAGGAUACGUUCUGGAAUGUUAUUGACAACAUUUUGGACGUUAACUACAAUCCUGGUAUAACUCAACGCACGGGGGAUCACUCUGUUGGAUCUAUUACAUCUCCGUUGAAGUUCUACGAUCGGCAUAUUGGACCCAACCAUACUUUGCAAAAUGUUGCACACCUCCCGUCUCUUCCACAACUUCUAGCCAAAACGUGUGAUACUGCCUUAACGCGACUUCGACAAAAAGAUCGCAAACUCCAGGCUGACCCAUACCAUUUUCAGCCGAUCCCUCGUGCCAAAUUUGGCGAUGCUGAGAGUGUCAGAUGGUAUUAUAGCGAAAAUAUUAGCGACAUAGGACAUUCGAUGGUUUCAAAAUUAUGCUUCCACCAGCAUGUUAAAGAUUGGCCGUCCGUCUUUGAGCUUGUGAAGGAACCCUGGGAUACCUUCUACAUGUCGGAGGGAUUCCUGAAAGUAGCCGAAGAUUGGAUGACAGGGACAAUAUAUCUGGACGACGCAUUGAAAGGAAAGCUAUCGCAGUCAGACCAAGCUACUCUUCACUCUCUUUUAAAGAAGUUUCCCAAAUUGGCCAUCUGGCAUGUGUACCCGAUGCUUGAUAUAUUUAUGACAACGCUCAGCAAAACAACGGGGACUUUCAGCCUGCGUUGGGAAAUCCCUCGCACCACAGGAUAUCGGCUCACAACACAAACAUUUCCAUCCCCUGAUGGUGGUUCAGUGUCUCAUAAACUCGGUAUUCGCAACUUUGCUCGCAAAGGUAGCACGGGAGGUCACCCUCUAGAGAGGAGGCGCACGGUUAAAGGAGGGAAAUCCGUCACUCGACCCCUUGCGGCCGAUCGUGCACGUUAUCGCCCUGAAUUUCGUCACUAUAUACAACAUGCUUGGGCACAAUCCGUUAUGCACGACACAACAUUUAUAAUACUUCAUUGUGGACGUUACGAGCGUAUCGGAAUUCGGCAUCGAGCGUCGCAGACUCUCUAUCUCUCGGGUGUAAUCGACACAGUAAACAUAAAAGAUCCUCGGUACCGGAAAAUGCACAUUGGCCUUCAUUUUGCUAUUCUUGAAGAUGCCCUGGAACGUGUUGAAGCAGGCAAGGUCCAAGAUAAAAAAACGGAGUUAAAAUCGAAAAAACGCGCCUCGGAGGUUGAAAAUGCCGAGUCUCUUCCUCAGCCAAAAAGGCAGCGGAUAAUGGAUCCUUCGUCUGUGCCAAAUGAUUCAUACGGUAAUAUUGGGGAACACCUGUUUAACCGGAAACUAGCCCUUGUAAGCUUGGAUUAUGAGGCCAUGUCGUCAUCUGUACCUUCAUCAUUCAUACGCAUCGGAGAAUCGUGCAAGAGGAACGACUCUUCUGAGGAAACAGACUGGACCAGGGAUUUAUCCAACAAGCGACAGUUUACAACAGACGAGUAUUUUACUCUCAAGUUGCUCGCACCAUUGGGUGACGGCGCAGUUGGCGUUGCCCACCCCGCCGUGGCUGAAGUUACGUUGUUGUCUGGAGAAGUCGUGAGACAAAAUCUUGUCUUCAAGAUGUCAUUUACAGAACAGGGUCAGAAGAAGCUAAGAGACGAGUUCAACAUUUAUUGCCGUAUGUCCCGCUCAAACGUCAAAGGAGUUCCGGAUGUACAUGGCCUCUUCCAUGACGCAGAGUCUGACACAUUGGGUCUCUUGAUGUCAGAUGCCGGUAAAUCCCUCCGCCAAAGGGACCUCGAACGUACAGGAGUUUACGGCGAGAAAGUGCAGGGCACAUUAGAAGAAAAAGAGGCAUUUGCAGAAGUAAUUAGAGGCCUAGAUAAGGCCUGGAUCGCACAUCAAGAUAUAAGAGCCGAAAACCUGACCAUUGACUUGCAUGGGAAUGCCUUCAUCAUCGAUUUUGACUGUGCAGAAUACAAUUCUAUCUACGUUACUUUGGCCCACCAACUGCGACAAUUGGACAAUGUUUUCAAAGAGAUGUGA